AUGUACUGCACCGCUCUUCGCAGUCGCAACAGGAAGGACACCAAGGAAAGGCACCAGGAACUACUCCUGGAGCGACUUUCUCUUGGGCAGAGGGCUCUGCGGAAAAUCCGAUGGCAGAUCAGUGGCUCCAUGGUUAUCGCUGGCCUUAUCAUGGCACUCUCGGUUAUGACUUGGCUUUUCAUUGAUGUGCGAUUCGAAAGCUCGCAUCGGGUCCCUCUGACAGUCGGGUGGGCAAUUUGCGCCAUCGGGAUGGCAUGCUUUGCAUCAGCUCCUCUGCCAGAUGACACAAAUUUGACACGGCUUUCUAUCUCGGGCGUGACGCUUCUGUGCUUUGUUUUCACUAUCUUCGAAUUCCUCACCCUGCUUAAUCAAGAGCACGCCGAGUGCGGAUGCUGGGACUGCGAGGCGAGCAGCCGGACUACGUGUAUUUGGUUCUUUUGCGAGAGCGGCUGGAAUGUGCUUUGGAACUUGGUCUCAUUCCUGGGCUUCCUUACUACGGCUUCACAGCCCAACGCGGACAAAAUGCAGGUCAGCUUCUGGCGAAUGUGGAGCAUAUUCUUUCGAGUCAAUUUUGCCGCCGACGUUCUGUUCCUCAUCCUCAACCGCUUCUUCACACACGUGAGGUCGACGGCCAUCAUCUUCAUUGCUGGGGAUUCCUUCGGUCUGCUGUUCAGCUUCUUUCCAGAGCUUCGCCAUCGGCUGCAUGCUGCACUCCACCGCUACUUCAAGGAUACGGAGCGGACUGCUGCAGCCGCUGGAGUGGCGAGCUUGAUUGGAGCUUGCGAUGUCAGCGUGGCGCUGAAGAAAGCAGAGUCGCAGUUCCGCAUAAUUGAUUGCGACAUGCUCCAGAAGGAUGAUCUCAGUGACAAUCAGCCUUCUCUUCACCUUUUCGAGCUCUCGCGACCAGCUUCACUGGGCAGCUGUGAUGCCUUCGUAUCCCACUCCUGGCGUGACGAUGCAGACGCCAAGUGGGAUGCCUUGCAGUCCUGGAAGCAUGCCUUCAAUUCUCGCUUUGGACGUUCUCCCAGUGUCUGGCUGGACAAAGCAUGUAUCAACCAGCAGGACAUCGAAUCCAACUUGCGGAGCUUGCCCAUCUUCCUCUCAGGAUGCGAAACUCUUUUGCUACUCUGCGGGACCACUUAUCUCAGCAGACUGUGGUGCAUACUUGAACUUUUCACCUUCGUACACAUGGGUGGAAAGCCGUGUGACAUCGACUGUGUCCUGCUCGCUGGGCCUGAUCAAUCCGAGAUCACAGCCAUCGGCAACCAAUGUAAAAACUUCGAUGCCAGCGGGUGUGAUUGCUCAGUACCAGCUGACAAGGAGACAAUUCUCAGCAUCAUCCACACAGCCUUUGGGACCAUUGACUUGUUCAAUGACUCGGUCAGGAAGAUUAUGCGGCGAAUCGCCGGUUUGUCCACAGACAGGCAUCUCGUGUGCAUGUCUUGUGGAUGGGUUUCGAACCGUGGGGCAGCGUGUUGA